AUGGACAAGAAGGGCUCGAUUCUCAACUGGGUGGACCCCAAAGACAAGAGCGGCGAGUUCAAGCGCCAACAGUCUGUCUUCCGCUCUUUUAUCGAAAACAAACCCGGCGCCGAGUUUCCCGCUGAGAAGGACCGUUACCACCUCUAUGUCUCGUAUGCGUGCCCCUGGGCGCACCGCACCCUGAUUGUUCGGAAUCUCAAGGGUCUCCAAGACAUCAUCAGCUUCACCAGCGUGCACUGGCACAUGGCCGAGAAGGGCUGGCGCUUUGCUACACCCGACGAGAAACUGCCUGGCGAGAACACAUCACCUGACCCGCUUCACAAGGAGUACACACAUCUCCGGGAUAUCUACUACGAGCAGAACCCAGACUAUGAAGGGCGGUUUACAGUGCCUACGCUCUACGACAAGAAGCAAAAUCGUAUUGUCAGCAACGAGAGCAGCGAAAUCAUCCGGAUGUUGUACACUGAGUUUGAUGACCUGAUUGCCGAUGAGUACAAGAAGGUGGAUCUGUUCCCCAAGAACUUGCAAAAAGCCAUUGAGGAGAUGAAUGACUGGGUAUACAACGAUAUCAACAACGGCGUGUACAAGUCUGGUUUUGCUACAACGGAAGAAGCGUACACCAAGAACGUCACCACACUGUUCAAGUCCCUCGAUCGUGUCGAGGCUGCCCUCGCAGAGUCAUCCACACCGUACCUGCUCUCCUCGCCUCACGUCACCGAAGCAGAUGUCCGCCUCUUCACCACCAUCAUCCGAUUCGAUCCCGUCUACGUCCAGCACUUCAAGUGCAACAUCCGCGACAUUCGCGCCGGCUAUCCACACCUCCAUCAAUGGUUGAGGCAUCUGUACUGGGACUACCCCAUCGCAUUCGGACAGACGACCGAGUUCGAGCACAUCAGGAAUCAUUACACCAAGAGCCACGGGCAGAUCAAUCCCUUUGCCAUUACGCCGGUGGGGCCAUUGCCCAACAUUCUGGAAAAGGACGACGAGGUGCCGAGUGUGAAGGCUGCCUUGAAGAAGUGA